AAGGGAGCCGGAACGUUGAGACCGGAAUGAUCGUUUCCGUCCGGAGUUACAGGAAGAACGGACCACAAGCGUGUUGUGUACACUGGAAACGUCCAUGCUGAAUUAUCUGAUAUUAUCGAUUCCAAUUUUCCUUCACGAUAGACGUGAACAAUCGGAGUAAACUGAUCAGACCAGAAGAAUAUUUUUUUACCUUAGUGGACCGCAUCAUAAAGUGCGUCACUUACAGUUUUUCGUAUUUCAUAGGAGGAUAUCAACAAAAAUCUGCUCUUCAACUGACUGUACCUACCAGACACCAUGGGGCUCAAGCGCCAGAAACAAGCCAAGAAAACUAUAAGUUUCUACAAAUUCAACUUCAGCUUCAGGGAAUCAUUUCAGAUUCUCAUCGAUGGGACUUUCUGUCAGGCUGCUCUGAAAAACAAGAUCCAGAUCAAAGAGCAAAUGCCAAAGUACCUGAUGGGGGAGGUUCAGCUCUGCACUACAAACUGUGCCUUAAAAGAACUGGAGACUCUGGGUAAAGAGCUGUAUGGAGCCAAACUCAUCCUGCAGAGGUUUCAGUCAAGGAGAUGUGCACACUUGAAGAACCCUGUCUCUGCCUCGGAGUGUCUGCUGUCCAUGCUGGGGGAAACAAAUCCACACCAUUACUUUGUUGCCACACAGGACCACACAGUGACUGCAGGCCUGAAGAAGAUCCCCGGCGUCCCUCUGCUCUACAUCAUCCUCAACACCAUAGUGCUGGACAAACCCUCCCAGACCUCCCUUGACCACGUCCAAGCCGUUCAGCUGGGAGAGCUGGUGAGCCCGGCCCAGCAGCAAAGCAUCCGCAGCCUGAAGGAGGAGCAGGGCAUUGAUGCUCGGAAGGACGGAGAGAGAAGGAAGAGGAAGAGGAAGCAGAAGAAUCCUAACCCUCUGAGCUGUUUGAAGAAAAAGAAGAAAGGGGGACCGACACCACCGCUGAAGAAGACGGCGGAGGGAGAGAAGAGGAAGAGAAGUCGGCACAAGAAGCAGAAGAUGGAGGGAGGAGACAAUGAAGCGGCUCCUGCAGUCACUAACACAUAGAAGAGCAGGAAGACAGAGACUUAAGCCAUUUUCUUCUUGUGUAACUACUCCUUUAAGAUAUUUCUAACCCCCACCCUGAAUGAUUAAUACCGUGCAGUUAAUUCUGACCAAUGUAAAUGCAUAAAUGAAAGCAAAUUUUCUUUACAAAGAGGCCUCUUAAAAACACUGAGCAUGGUAUUUAUUUUCAAAAACUUUGCAACAGUUUCCAGGACUUACAGGCAUGUGAUCGAGAACAUUUACCUUUGUACAAAAUAAAGACAGUUUACAGGCACAUGGUUUGAAUAUAAGAUGCACUCAGACAGAAUGAUAGUCAGUUUAUACAGAAGCUGAUUUCAAAACAAUGCAUUCAGUUGUCUUUGCAGAAGCACGAGGAAGAGGUUAGGUCACAAUGAUAUAUGGGAGUCUGCUUGUUUUUGUUUGUUGCGAUUGUUUUGAUUUUUUAUUCAUCAACCUGUGAUAUCUCUUCUACUAUGAGUCCAAACAACAACAUUUAUACACAAUAUCUCCACUCAGACUUCUCUUAAUCUGGUCAUCAAGUCACUCAGGGUAUAAAUAUGAAAAACAGUUAAAUCUCUUGUUGACACAUGAUAUCAAUAAAUAAGUAUCUUCAUGAUCUA